AUGGCGAGGCGUCUAGUUUGCUGCCGUUUAAAUAAGUUGCCCGCGAGGACGUUAGCAGCUCGUUCAUGGUGUCGCUGUUCUUCAAACAUUUAGUUGGUGAAAUAUGCUAAAUUCGCUCUUUAUCAACCACCAGGACCAAAAGGAGGCGCUGGCCAUCGAACGAAGGCGCCGGUUCGAGGAAUCACGGAAACAGCGCAUUUUCAAUGCACGCCGCCGGAUCAUCGGGGUCGAUACAGAUGCGCUCGGAUAUCAGGUGCAGGAAAAGCAAGAGGCCGUACAAGCGGAAGCAGAACAGGCCCGUAAGCUCGCCGAGGAAGUGCGCCGACAGGAGCAUGUGCUCCAGCUGAAGCAACGCGAACAGCGCCAGGAACGCAUCCGGCAGGAAGAUGAGUUGAACCGUUACCGGGCAACGCACCAGCGGCCGGAACAAUCGCGCGAUUUCGAUCUAUUCGAUCCGGAUGGGCUGAAAAAGGAAUUGCCCGCUCGCACCGGGGACGAUGAUCCACGACUGAGCGUUUCCGGUGCACAGCUGUUCGACGGUGAGGAUCUACAGGAACGCCACCGGCGUAAGGUGCAGCGUGAGCAACAGCGCUCCUGGUUGGAACAACAGAUACGGGAAAAGCGCCAGGCCGAAAUAGAUCGAAGGGCAGCGGAACGGUUCCUCGAGGAGACCCUCAUGUCCCGCGAAGCUCGUGUCCAUCAGCUAAACUCGCAGGAACGUUAUGCGCGUGAGAAAAUCCAGGAAGCCGUUAACGAGUUCAACUGCCGCCUCAUGCACGAACAGGACCAGCAGCGGCGACGGAAGGAACGCGAAGAACAGGAAGACAAUUUGGCCGAGAUCUACAACCAUCUGACGAGCGAUCUGCUGACGGAAAACCCGGACGCGGCCAAGAGUAGCUUCGGUCCGAAUCGCGUAAUAACGGCACAGUACAAGGGCAUGUCGCCGGAGGAGUUGGAACAGAUCCGCCAGCAACAGGAGCAACAGCUGGAGGAGCUCAACCGCAGGCGACAGGAGGAAGCAAACAUGCGCGAAUCCUGGGAUCGAUUGGCGAACGAUUUCGAUCGUGCGGUGACGAUGAAGGAACGAGAGCUUAUGCGCCGACGGCAUGCACUGGCUGAACAGAUACGCCAGGAAAACCAUCAGCUAGCACUCGAUCAGCAACGAAAGUUGGCGCAUCUCGAUCAGGUGGUUUAUCAGAACCGUCCGACACAGGCCUACUUCGAUCAGUUCAAUACCUGCACCAGAUAAACGACACUGCCGCAGCACUUGCACCUAGAUCUCUUUCCGAGCCUCUUAUAAUC